AUGGCGGCCAAGGAAGGGAGUCUUCGACUUCCUCAUCGUCGUUUAGCAAGAAUUCGGUGUCUAAACGAUUGCAUCAAAGCUUUCAAACAUAACCAAUCACUUCCUGAGGCCCUUUGCUAUGUACCUAAACAAAUGGAAUUCGUUGGGGCCGCGAAUACAACGCUCCAAAUGUACAUGUCCCCUUCAACUUCAACCUCGAAUUUGCUUGCCCCCAAAAUAUUGACAAGCAGUGGAAGUGCCACUCCCAUCCCCAGCACACGUGGUACCCCACUCAUUAUCUUCGACUCCUCUGUUUGUAAAACAAAAGAGAGUCUGUCGUGUAGAGUGUGGGCAUCUGGAGAAGAGUACAGCAACUCGUCCGGGAGGUGGAUAAGAUUGUUUAAGUAUGAAGUUUCUGGUCAUAAAGAAACUAGUCUGAGCUUCGAACAAGAUGCGUGGGUGUUACUCUAUAAUGUUGAGAAGAGAGAGGAGCCCAUCGCCUUGGUGCCAGUGAAUAGCACAAGGAAGGAUCCAGUGGAAGAAAAAACAGGCAAAAACUCCUUAUCCUUCAUCAAUAAGCAACCAAGAAAGUUGGAGAAUUAUGAAGAUGUGAUAGAAUAUCAAUACAGCUUACACAAAAACCAUUUAGAUGAGUUGGCCGAACCAGACCCCGCUGCUGUGAAAAGAAUCCAGGAUCCUCCACAGAACUGGACGACUGACUGUGAUACUGAACUAGUCCGCUUCCUCUCGGAACUCACUGAGCCAGAGAAUGAUAAUCUUGGCAGCAUAAAAAAUUACGUGGAGUCCAUCGACGUGUCUUCAUUUUGUGAAGAAUCUGAGAAUAUAACAGAUGAGGAUCCCGAUACGUACUGGGAGAGUGACGGCAGCCAAGGCCAACACUGGCUGAGGCUGAAGAUGAGGAAAGGGACUAUAAUCAAAAAACUGUAUCUGUGCCUUGAUGGGGAGGAUGGGAACUACCUACCGUAUCAUGUGAUAGUGAUGGGUGGCGAGAUUGAUGAUAUGAAGAAAUUGAAUGACACUUAUCUAGAUACAUCAUUUGCUCAAAUCCAAGAUAUGUGUAUACUACAAGACAUGACAGAACACUACCCCUAUAUAGAAAUACGAAUCAAAGAGUGCAAAGGUGAGGAAGAUGGUGGUAUUGACGUGCGGGUGCAUGGCCUCAAGAUCAAAUCAAACAAAGAGAGAGACGCUGGCCUCAAUAUUGACCUGUUUAGUGCAGAGACAUUGGUCCGCUACCCAGUAUUAGAGAGUUUUACACGGGAGGUUUUAUAUAGGAGAGCAAUACUGCUGCAGAGAUUUGUGUCUAUAUUAGACAGUGUUUUGCCUUAUUUACUACCUGCCUGGGAUUAUUCUCUGGGAUCUUUUGCUUCUCUCGAUGCAGUUCACCAGUUUCUACCUCUUUCUAAGAAGCGUUCAGGCCUUGUAGAUACACUCCUCAAGGAAUCGGAAAGCGGGAGACCUAACACUAUGCCAAAAUUGUUCAUUGACCGCCGGGCUGCAACCGAACAUAAAGAAGACCCAUCACAGGACCCGACUUGUAAAAACACCGUCUUCAUGCAAAUAUACGAGGGACUGAAGCCAAAAAACCAUCAGGAGAAGGCUUUAGAUUACAGGUGGUCUGGCCGAUACAACCAGUGGUGGGAGUGCAAGUUCCUCGCUGAGGGAAUCAUAGACCAGGGUGGAGGUUUCAGAGACAGCCUGUCUGAUCUCGCAGACGAACUCUGCCCUAGUGCCAGCGAUGUGCCUGUUCCUUUACCUUACUUUGUCCGAGCCCCAAAUCAGUCCCACGAGGACUCCAAUGUGAACCGUGAUGUGUAUGUGCCAAACCCAGCCUGCAAUGACUUUGUGAAGUACCGAUGGAUUGGCCAGCUAAUGGGUGCUUGCUUCAGAGGGAAAGAAAGUUUGGUGAUAUCCUUGUCUUCGUUCACUUGGAAGCAAAUGUCGGGAGAGACGGUCACCUGGUCGCGAGAUUUCUCCUGUGUUGAUGCUGCUGAGGUCAAGUUAAUUGACACGAUGGAGUCGAUGGACAAGGACACGUUUGACGCCCACCUCGCGGACGACCUCACCUGGUCCAUCGUGCGUAGUGAUGGUGUGACGAUCCCCCUCAAAGAGAAUGGUGCAAAUGUGAAGGUGACGUUUGACGAUCGCCUGGAGUACAUCAGACUGGUGCAGGACGCCAGGAUGAACGAAUCAAAUGAGCAGACAAAGGCAAUGCGGCAAGGCCUGUUAGAGGUGGUCCCUGAAGCAGUCUUACAACUACUGACCUGGCAGGAGCUGGAGAAACGAGUUUGUGGUGAUUCUGACAUCACUGUUGAAGCCUUGAUGAGAUCAACCCACUAUGAGGAUCUUGAGUCAACCGAUACAAGGGUGAAAUACCUCUGGUCCGCAAUGGGCAAUUUCUGCAAUGAGGACCGCAGUCGCUUCCUGCGAUUUGUAACUGGGCGACGGAGACUCCCAGCCUCGCUUUACAUGUGUCCUGUGGCUGAUAGCGAGUCCAUUGAUUCCUUACCCGAGUCAUCCACAUGUUCGAACACCCUCUUCCUUCCAAAUUAUUCAAGUGCCAAAGCAGCUGAAGAAAAACUUCGCUAUGCUGUCUACAAUUGUAUUGCAAUCGAUGCUGACAUGAGCCAUUUGGACGAAUGGUAGGACAUUCAGGGUGGAUCGAGAAUUGCAAGAAGAGGUGCUCGAGGAUAGAUUUCCUGAACAUUUCAUCGAUGGCCAUCUCAACUUUGAAGAAAUUGAUAGGGCAUCCUAAAUUGUGGUUGCCUGUGAUUCUUCAUAAUUGCUCACUUAUUUCCCACCAAUUGGGACUGCAUUGUAGAUUUGUAAUUUUUGACCCCACAACCAAUCCUGUAGUAAGUUGUAUCAAGAACUAUGAUUAAAAGCCUGUAAGUUGUAAGCAAAAUCUAUCGUUCUGUCUGACAGAAAAACUCUUUUCUGUUCUCAGGGGCUAUAGGCUUGUUGAUUCUAAUGUAGAAUGCUGCAGUACCCUCCACCAAUUAUUAAAGUUUUCAGUUGAACCUAUUUUUCAUUGCUUUUCAUUGUAGUGGGGGACAGAAUUCACAUUUUGAAACUCGCCUAUGUCUGGCGAGACAAUUUCAAGGCACUACACAAGAGUGGACAGGGAUACAAUUUCAUGUUAACAAUGGAGACAAAAUGACCCUUAUGAAAAAAAAGUAUACUGGGUGGUGUGCAUCGUGUACCGGUGCUUGGCUUUGAGAAGUUGUCAUACAACUUUCAAGUAUACCUGUAGCAAAAGUAUUUAAUUUAUUUGCAGGGGUGUGUUGGCAUAAAUGAAACGCUGUUUGAUUUAUGAAACGCUGUUUGAUUUAUGAAACGCUGUUUGAUUUAUGAAACGCUGUUUGAUUUAUGCAUAGUAUUUUAUUGCUAUGCAAUAGAUGGGACAAUGCACUGGGAAUCCUGAACAGAGCUAUCAUAACUGUAAUUUGUUGCCUUGAGAUAUUGGGUGAUAUGGAUAAAAACUAGUAUUAUACAUUUACUCCAGUUUUGUACAGAAAGGUCUUGUGUAAAUGUAUUCCAAUCUUUCAGUAAAAGCAUUUGCUAGUCUGUAUUCAUAUCCCCAGUACCAAGAAAUCAUUUUUAUUUACCUCUGAACGAGGACUGAAGUCUGUAAAUUAUUUCAAGGAAAUUUUCUUUGUAUAUACUUCGGACUUUUUGCUUAAUAAUUUAUAUGCAAACCAUAAAACACGCUACCAGAUUUUCGAAUAAAGGCUGUUAAAUUGUUGAUAUUAUUGUACGUCUAAUGUUUUUACCUGUUGUGUAAACAGCACACUUUGCUGUUGCUGAGAUGAGAGAACUCGAGAUGGUUCCCGUAUCGUGGAUGGUUGUGACCAAUGUCUGUCUUCUGUCCAUUCAGUUUGGUUGUGACAGUUGCAUUCCUAUUAGUGGUUGUGACUCUACCUUAUUCGUGAUCAGUUGAAAUGUUACACUUAGAAAGAAGCCUUCCUGUGGACUGUAUGGUUGUGAAGCUAUCAAAGUAAAUGGAAUUGUAGCAGUAGCCUGUCUUGAACCUGUGCAAUUGUCACAAUGUCUGUUAUGCAAACAAUCACUGUAUCUAUAAAGGUUCUUGGGUACAAUAUGAAUA